AUGCAAUUCUAAUAAUUAAUGCCUGUGGGCUACGUGAAACAACCUGCUCUUAAAACAUUUGUAUUAGCCAAGAUAAAGAAAGAGAAUACAGAGAAAUCCAUUAAACUUUAUAAGCAAAAGUAUCACCAAUACUUCUAUCAGCACGACUAUCUCAAAUUGAUUAAGCAAGGCUAAGAGAAGGAUCAUGUGCUGAUGCUCUUUUGUUUUCCAGAGGACUUAGAGAAGAUGAAGGGGGACUUUGAAAUUGAGGAAUUUCUUGAAAUUUAAUUGCCAAGUGUUGCACCUAUACAUAAAGAGUAGAAAUCACUAUAUGAUGGAUAUUGGAAUAUCCUACAUCCAAAUUAUGAGUAUCCUCAUAGGCAAAACAAGGAUGCACCCCUGAAAAUGCAAUAGAUUUUAGAUACAAAAACUACAAGGAAUAAAUGCAUACUUUAUAAUGAUGAAAAUACUAUAGUGAUUGAAGCAGAAGAUGAAACACACAUCAACAAUGUUAGACAUUGUGUCAUGGUGGCAAUGGAGAAGUUAGCAGAACAUAACUUAAACGAAAAUCAUCAAAGGCACUUUCUGGAGAGUUAGUAUUAUGCUAGAGAAAUGACUUUGGUAACAUACUUUGAGCCUUGUAUAAUGUGUGCAAUGGCGUUGAUUCAUUCAAGAAUUAAUGAGGUUUAUUACUAUCAGAAGAGAGUGACCGAUGGAGGACUCAAUGAUCAAUUAUAAGUAAAUAAUAUGAAAUAACUAAAUCACAAAUAUUUAGUUUUUUAUCAAAAUUGA